GCAUCUAUUGGACUUUCUUGAUUGGUGAUUUUGUAAUAACGUUUUUUGAACUUGAUGUUUGUACACUUCAGUCAGUUUUAUGAUUUAAUUGUGUUUUUAAUAAGUUGAGAAGUCUUUUGAACAAUGUACCGACGGUCAAACAGCAGCUCCCAACUUCCAGUCCCCAAUAGGUCACGCUCAAAGUCUUCUGUCAGCAGAGUUAGUGCAAAAGAUGACAAUGCAAAAAGGUUCAGGGCGAAUUCCAUGGACCGAACCUUAAAUCCGCCCUUGAAAAGAUCAACAAGUUCGUCAAAUUUGAGAAGACCUUCGGUUACUCCAUCAGUUUCUUAUAAAAAAUCAACGGUCAUUACUCCGACUCUGAAUUCUGGGUUAAAACGAUCAAAUUCUAACCUCACAACACCUCGCUCGCGCAGCAAAUCCCCCUACAAGAUCGGUUCAGCAAUAAAUGACAAAAAGUGGGUUUCGGACCAAUAUGCCAAAGUCUUGCGAUUUCUCAGAGAACACCCCAAUUGCCCUGAACACCUUCCCAACACCAUUAAACCACCAACCAUUAAUUCAUUUGUGGCCGUUUUCAACCUCCUAUUCAAAGAAAUCGAUCCGCGCUUUGAAGUCAACACAACUAACUACAAAGAUAUUGUCUUGAACACACUCAAAAUUUAUCAAUUUCCAGGGAACAUUUCGCUUUCAUUGCUAAAAACUGUUAAUACAAUGCAUGCUUGGCCACAAGUGAUGGGUAUUCUUGGGUGGCUUGUUGAUCUUGUUACUUACAUAACACAGACAAAUGUAAAUUCAGCUCUAGAACAAGAUCCCAAAUAUCAAAAAGUUGAGUGUGUUACUAAUUAUGUUCUUGAACGAUACCAGUUGUACAACAAUAAUGACGAUCAGGAAAUUGCAGAUCAAGCAGUUAGUCAAGAACUUGUAAAAGUUCUUGAUAUUGAUGAUGCGGAAACUAAAAGGCAGCAAGAAGAAGUAAUCAAGUUAGAACAGUUGAAAGAGCUACGUUUGGAGCAAAUAAAUGAACAAAAAAACAAAAAUGAGAUGCUUGACAAAGAGAUUACACAACUACAAGAAGAAACUGAAUCGUUCUAUCAAGAUAGAGAACAAAGGGAAGAAGCCAGUAGGGCUUCAAUUGAAUCAUUAAGAGAACGAAAGGAGAAAUUAGUUACUUUAAUAAAAAUGAAAUGCGAAAGCGUCGAGUCACUAAAAGUGGAGAUUAAAAAUCAACCGUGCGCAAUCGAAGAAAGGAACAAAAUUUUGGAACACAUCGAAGCGAUGAAGCGCAAAAUUGACUUGAAGAAAGAGAAGAUCAAAACCCAGAAAAACAUUGAACUUACGUGUCAUUCCAAAUUGAAGGAAGCCAAAAAUAAAGUUGAAAAUGAAGUUUACCGCUUGAAUAACAGCUUAAUGAAACUCACUGUGGUCAAACCGGAGCUUAAACUUCUACACUUGGAUGAGAGUUGCGAUUUUUCUUCGGCCGAAUUUCGAAAGAAAGUGCAAAACCUCCCGGCUAAAAUAAAGUCGUGUGAAACGAUGAUCAGCGACGAGAUAACGUCCCAAAAAACUUCAAUUGCGAAAAUGAAAACCGAAAUUUCUACAUUGGAAGAACACAUUUUAUCGAACAAGCAAUUGAUUGAGACGUUGACUGAGAAGGAGAUUUCGCUUAAGAACCAAAUUCGGUCUCUGAACGAACAUUUGGAAGAGAUGGUUAAGCAACGAAAGGAGGAGGAAGCACUUUUCAAAGAAAAAAUGAAGAAGAUGGAGCAAAGUGCUCCACCACUUGUCGAGAUAAAACAGAAUAUUGAGCAACUCAAAAAAAUUAAACAAGAGAAAGAAGAGGAACAUGAGAAGCAUAAAUAUCAAGCGCUUGAGUUUUUUACUAAAUUGGAGAGUGACGUUUCGAACUACGUUGAAAAAAUGAAUGCUAAACGAAAUCAAGUUCUCGAUCAGCUUGCAACAUGUUUGCAGCAGACGGCAACAGUACAACAGAGCAUAAUUGAUGAUAUGCUAACACUAGAAGAAAUAAAAAAGUCAUAAAGUAACACUAGGUGAAAUAUUUAAUAGGUUUGUACUUUCCAUUCAAUUGUUCUUAUAUGUGUUAAUAAAAUGUUUUUGCUGCUAA